CGCUGCCGCUGGUGCUGGCGCUGGCGCUCGGCGGGGCGCGCGGCUUCGGCGACGAGGAGGAGCGGCGCUGCGACGGGAUCCGCAUCGCCAUGUGCCAGAACCUGGGCUACAACGUCACCAAGAUGCCCAACCUGGUGGGCCACGAGCUGCAGGCGGACGCCGAGCUGCAACUCACCACCUUCACGCCGCUCAUCCAGUACGGCUGCUCCAGCCAGCUCCAGUUCUUCCUUUGUUCAGUCUACGUUCCCAUGUGCACAGAGAAGAUUAACAUCCCGAUAGGUCCCUGCGGUGGCAUGUGCCUUUCUGUCAAAAGAAGAUGUGAACCUGUCCUAAAAGAGUUUGGAUUUGCCUGGCCAGACAGCCUAAACUGCAGUAAAUUCCCACCUCAGAACGACCACAACCACAUGUGCAUGGAGGGCCCGGGGGAUGAAGAAGUUCCCCUCCACAGCAAGAUGCCCUUACAGCCAGGAGAAGAGUGUCAUGCCAUGGGAUCUAAUUCAGACCAGUAUAUCUGGGUGAAAAGAAGCUUGAACUGUGUCCUUAAGUGUGGCUACGACGCUGGUCUCUACAGCAGAUCAGCUAAGGAAUUUACUGAUAUCUGGAUGGCGGUGUGGGCAAGUCUUUGCUUCAUAUCAACUGCGUUCACAGUCCUGACCUUCCUGAUCGAUUCAUCCAGAUUUUCUUACCCCGAACGCCCAAUCAUAUUUCUGAGUAUGUGCUACAAUAUUUAUAGCAUUGCUUAUAUUGUGAGGCUGACUGUGGGCCGGGAAAGGAUAUCCUGUGAUUUUGAAGAGGCAGCAGAACCUGUUCUUAUCCAAGAAGGUCUUAAGAACACAGGAUGUGCUAUAAUUUUCCUACUGAUGUAUUUUUUUGGGAUGGCUAGCUCCAUCUGGUGGGUUAUUCUGACACUGACAUGGUUUCUGGCAGCCGGACUCAAAUGGGGCCACGAAGCUAUAGAAAUGCACAGCUCCUAUUUCCAUAUUGCAGCCUGGGCUAUCCCUGCUGUGAAGACCAUAGUCAUCUUGAUUAUGAGACUGGUCGAUGCGGAUGAGCUCACUGGUCUGUGUUAUGUCGGCAGCCAGAAUCUAGAUGCACUCACUGGCUUUGUCGUUGCUCCACUUUUCACUUACUUGGUUAUUGGAACUCUAUUCAUAGCAGCAGGGUUAGUGGCCUUAUUUAAAAUUAGGUCUAAUCUUCAAAAAGAUGGGACUAAAACUGACAAGCUGGAAAGAUUGAUGGUCAAAAUUGGGGUCUUUUCAGUGCUAUACACUGUCCCAGCUACCUGUGUCAUUGCCUGUUAUUUCUAUGAAAUCUCCAACUGGGCUGUCUUCCGCUAUUCGGGUGACGAUUCCAAUAUGGCUGUGGAGAUGCUCAAAAUCUUCAUGUCUCUGCUGAAAGAAGAGCCCUUCAACCAGCUGAACCCACAUCUUGGUACUGCUACUGCCACAUGGCAAAAGGGUUGAAGUAACAUUGACAGGAUUUUUGAGGUUGGUGUCUGGAUAUAGCAAGACACAGUUUGGCUAAAUCUGACAGUGACUCAGAGUCCUUUGCUAUCUUCUACCUAUUCUCCCAGUUCAUCCCUUGACAGCUUUAUUAUGGUCAGUCUUAUAGCUGCUGGUUUUGGAAGGAGGAAGGAAAUGGUUGCUGGUGGAACUAGCAUCGCUCUAAUGUAUGAUAUUUGUAGGAGCAAUGACUAUGUGCUAGCAAAUAAACAGAAAGAAAAAUA